UAACGAAAUGUUAGUAGUUGAAUGUUUAACACAAUCACAAAUAAACUUGUUAUUAGAUUGUUUCAACAUAGUUUUUUUUUGUUUUACAUCAAAAGGAAAUCUAAAUUUAUGUAGUGGAUUGUUACAUAAUUUGGUUUAAUCUAUUCUACCGAAAAGUCGUAAAAUAUAAAUUAAUUGUUCCCACUAACUUUGAUUAGUUAGAUAAACUCUGGACAUUUUAACAUAAUUUGUAAAGUGCACCGAUUUUCAAAAACCGAACACAGAUGGAUCUCCAGAAGAAAUGGGAAUGUUCUAAAUGUCGUAAAACAUUCAAAACCAAGGGCACCCUGAAACGUCACGAAAUCACACACGGUCAAGCUGCUAAGGUGAAAUGUGAGGUUUGCGGCAAAAUUUCAAAAAACAGCUUCUCCUUAGCUUCCCACAUGCGGAAACAGCACACCAACCUGCAGCGACCAAGUUGUGACACUUGUCACCGGGUAUUUUCCGGUGCAACCUCUCUACGUUGUCAUACUGAGACUUCCCACAGCACGAAGGAACGAAGUCGUUUCCCAUGUCCAUUUCCUGGCUGUGAAAAAACCUACCCAAGCCAAGGUGGUCUUUGGCAACACGUUAAGAAGGAGCACGGCCAAAAUCCGGUCCAAUUUCCGUGCACACUUUGCGGAAAGGAGUUCAAAAGAAGGGCUGAACUUGUGCAACAUAUUCCCACCCAUACGAAGGAGAAGCCGCACAAUUGCGCCAUUUGUGGGAAAAGUUUCGCCCGCAGGACAGGCCUGAAAAGUCACGAGGUGACGCAUUUGGAAAAAUCUACUCGAGACAUGUUGCAGUGUCAUGUUUGCCCUCAGACCUUCAUAACUAGACAAGGUUUACAACGGCACGUCCAAAUUGUGCAUGAAAAUCAGAGGAAUUAUCCGUGCACAUUUUCUGACAAGAGAUUCUUCAACUCAUCAAGCUUAAACGAUCACGUCCAGGCGAAACAUACCUCGAAUAUAGAGCUGAUCCAUUCCUGCGACAAAUGCGAGUACAAGAGCCACUCGAAAGUCUAUUUAACCAAACACAGAAUACGUCACAAUCCAGCGAGCCGUGAAUGUUACUUCUGUGUGAAGAAAUUUUGCACUUUUCGCGAAUUAGUCAGUCAUUGUCGAGUUCAUACUCAAGAAAAGUUUAAAUACUUAUUUAUAAUUUUUCCUAAGUUUGCGUAAUUUGGCAAAGUCUUUUGGUGGGAAACCAUUUUAUUUUAUUUAAUAACAAAUUUAUGUACAUAAUAAUUGGGCAUAUUUUUGUUAGAAUAUUUUGCAAACUUUAUUCGUGCGCGAAAUAUGUAAAUCCGCUUUUGUGAGUAUUUCCAUUUAACCGCGUUAAGCUUGUGUAAAAUUGCACAUUCUGAAUUUAAAAAUUUGCAAACAAGAAGACAAAUGCAUAUAUUUAAUUUUAUUCAAGAAAUGGGUGCAGUCACGUUGAUUUGUCAGACUGUGACCCCCAAAUAAUGGGGUAAGGUCUUCUCAUAAAGAUGUGGAUCCUGUUAAAAGAAUUUUGUCCACAUGCAUGAAUUUGAGAUAUGUAUUUACAGCAGUAUGUGGAUAAUUUUAUAAUUGGAGUGAUCUAUUGCACAAGUAUACAUAUUUCGAAUAAAUAAUAAGUAC